AGAUCUUAGAGAAAGUACAUAAACUAUUCCUAGUGAUUCUCGUCAGACUGGUUGUUGUGGUGCUCACUGUUAAAUGUCUCUAGUUUUUUAGUUGAUACAGGUGGUACACAGAGUUAUUUGCAUGCCUUUUGACGCUGGGAAAUCGUUAAGUUGUGCUAUUUUUGACGACUUAGACUUGAAAGAACAAACAUUACAUUAUUGAUUUCGGUAUUGAACAUCCAUGAGUUCCUCAGACACCGGCAUUCGAUGGUUUGACAACGUCUGUUUUUAGGGACCGCUGUAGUCUGAAAGCUGAGCCUUUAUUCUUUAUCAAUGGGGGAUACACAAUUUUACCCUUUGACGACAUUGUUGCGAACAAUUUUCGUUUAAAGGACCCUAAGAAAGGUCUAUAUUGUGCAAGUGUUUGCUCAGGGACUUAUCUGUAGAGAAUCUUUCAUUUAAACGGAUAUAAUAAUCUUUUUAAGAUAGAUCUAGGCGGUGCGAGUGUCAACACGGGUUUUGGACUCGUGUACACUUCUAAUAAAUUCCGAAUAAUCAACUGCUUAAUAUCAUUGUAGUGUCUUUGUAUAUUAAUACACGAUCAGGAAAUCUUUUGUGCAUGGUCUGAGAAACAUCAUUAAUGAUUCAAAUGGUGGAAUAAAUCAGAUUCAAUGGAAUGAAUUUGUAGUUCUCACGACGAGCAGCAAAAUAAGUCACGCAAUCUCCCGGUGAAAUGAAAGGGAAAACUGGCUUAAGAAGAGGGUCUCGGCCUCGUUCUCGCGGGAAGAAGCCAGACUUGGAGGUACUGUGUGAAUUCCCUCCUCGCGCACCCUCGGCUCUCCCCGACCGUCUGGUGAAGAGUCCUACAUUUAUCAGUGAGAAGACGUACAAACCUUACAACAGUAAGAGACCUUCCACUUCAAGAACCUACCUUAGUUCUCUGUCCAACCAUGUGGACAUUAAGCUUCGUGAUUCAAAGGAGAAGGUCACUCCAGUAAAGUCGUCCCUGGUGGACAUGGAGCCUGCGUUUGUGGACGUGUCUAAAGACAUUCCAGGUCUGACUGUUUGGAGAUUAGAGGGGAAGUCACGACUGGUUGAAAUAGAUGAUAGAGAUAUCGGGUUCUUCCACGAGGGGGCGGUGUACAUCUCACUUCAGAUCAACGAUGAUGAAGAAGCGUUUCUUCACUACUGGAUUGGAGCUUUUGCAAGUGAGGAUCAUAAGUCAUUAAUAGAGGAAAAGGCACACGAGUUGGAUCGGAUCGUGACCCAUGCGGCUGUGUUUUCUAGAGAGAGCCAAUGCCACGAAUCGCCUUGCUUCAUGCGUCUCUUUGCAGAUGGCAUCGUAUAUAUUGAAUCCAAACCCAAGACAACCGUCAGUAAGGCUAGAGUCUAUGCCAAGAGAAUGUACCGCAUCUCUGGUAGGAAGUUCAUCAGGGCUGCUUGCACGGAGCCGUCGCUGGACGCUUUGGAUUCCGGAGCCGCCUGUAUUCUGGACGGAUUCCCACGGAUGUACGUCUGGAUUGGAAGACACUGUAACUACGCACUCCGAAACAAGGCAAUUCAAACGGCAAAGAGAAUAAGGAAUUUACAAAGACAGGGCGUUGCCCAUAUUAUUGUUGUAGACGAAAGGGAUGAAGGGAUGAGUGAAGCCUUCAAAAAGAAACUCCAUAAAAGCCUGCAGACCGAGCCCUGUAUUCCCGAUAGCCCGCUCCAAGACAACGCAGCAAUGAGGAUGCACAGAGUUAGUGGUGAUCACGUGAUGUAUAACAUGCCGGAAGCUGCUAAGCCCCCGUUUUACCAGAGAUACUUGGUCCAGCGGGACUGUUACUUGCUGGAUCGUGGCCCCGGACUACCUCUUUAUGUCUGGGUAGGGGCCCAGGCUCAUGAGAAUGAAAUACUCUACGCAAUUAAGAGGGGAAAGACGUUCUGUAAACACAAACAAUACCCGGAUGUAAUCCCAGUAUGUAGGAUAUCAGACGAUGCUGAGCCUAAUGAUUUUAAGAAGAACUUUUAUGAUUGGCGGGAAAAGGAUACGAAACAUAGACAACUGACCAAGCUAUACAGUAUUGGGAAUAUAGAGCGAGCACUGUUCUCCAGGCGAGACAAACGAACUGUGGCCAAAAAGAACGAGCUGUGGUCAACGGACAAUUUACCGGACGGCGAGGAAGAUACAGAGAUAUGGAAGAUAGAUGGGGAUAAAAUGAUAAAAAUGGAGAAUGAUCAGCAUGGAAUUUUCAACAAUGGUCACAGUUAUGUUGUACUUCAUCGUAUUCGGGUCGAGGGACGGACACAACAAGUGUUGUACUACUGGCUGGGUUGUAAGUUGACGAAUGAUGACCAGGACAGUGUUCUAGAUUUGGUGCUAUCCAUGAACAAAACGUUAAAUAACCAAUGUAUUGUGAUACGAGUACUUGAUGGGCGGGAACCACCGCACUUCAUGUAUAUUCUUGGAAACUGCCUGAUAAUCCAUGAUAGAGAUCUUGGAGAUCCCAGUGAUGUUCAGACGAGCCGGAUGUUCUGUGUGCGUGAGCAGGAUCCAGAGAACAGCAGUAUGAGAGUACAACAGGUCCCCGUUUCUUCUGCUUCUCUGAAUUCAUCGGCUGCUUUUAUCCUCCACAACCCUCCUGAUGGCUGUUUUUUGUGGUAUGGACAGAAAUCUCGUGGUUCUGAAAGAGAAUAUGCAAAGCAAAUUACGGGAUAUAUUUCGCCUUAUAGUAAAUAUGACUAUCUCGUCAUGACGGAAGGCAAAGAGAGUAAAAACUUCUGGAACCUGAUUGGUAGAAAACAAGAAUAUCCUUCAGAAUUUAAAAUAGAGGUUUUGGACCGAAGACCUCCUCGAUUACUCGUGUGCAAUGUAAAUGGCGAUAAUACUACAUUUGAAGCUAUUGAAGACUUUAAACAAGAGGACCUGUGUGAGGAUGAGAUUUUCGUCCUAGACUUGUAUGACCAAAUUUAUAUCUGGAAUGGUGCAGAAGUUGAAAGUGAACUGCAAAAACAAACUCCAAACUGCUUCAAGUGCUACUUCCAGUCUGAUCCUGCAGGAAGGUCAGAUGAGACUGUUAAUGUCUGGUUCCUGACACAGAAUAACGAACCCGAUGCCUUUACCAAAUUUUUUCCUUACUGGAUAGAAAACGGGACUUCGGGACAGCAGUCUUAUGAAUUGUGUAGGAAACUAAUUCGACAAGAGAAUUUUAAAGUGGACAUUGAAAAGCCGAUGGUGGAUCGAUCAUAUGUUGGAAAGAAAAAGUACGCCUACGAAGAUUUGCUGAAAAAGAAACUUCCUGAAGACGUUGAUUCUCAGCACAAAGAGUAUAAUCUUUGCGACUAUGAGUUUAGAGACGCAUUGAAAUACCCACGUGAUCAAUUCUACCGACUUCCGCUUUGGAAACAGGAACAGCUAUUCAAGUCCGCUCGACUUGGACACACCAGGACUACGGAAAAUCCCUACAGAUUACGAAUAGAAAGCCCAGAUCUACACAAUCAGUAAUAAA